AACCGCUAUUGGCAAGCAAAAAUAUUCAUACCACAAGAUUACCAGUCAUUUUGAUUGAUGCCCUGGAUGAAUGUGGAGGGUUGGAGGGGACAUACUCAGAAGACCGGAGGAGACUUAUGCAAACAAUCAAACUAUUCUCUGACCUACCAAAGAAGUUCAAACUUAUUUUGACAAGUCGAGUUGAAUCUGAUAUCGACUAUCUCCUUUCAGAGAUCAAUCAUCAAGCCAUCGAAGUUUUGGCUGGUGAAAGGACAACCAUGUCUUCGUUUAAUGACAUUCAAUUAUUUCUUGAAGAUCGAUUUGCUUCUAUUGCAGUGCAACAUCGAAGGUCACUGCCCACAGGAUGGCCAGGACCACCAGUGAUCAAAGAUUUAACAGAGAAGGCUGGGGGGCUAUUCAUCUGGGCGGAAACAGUAAUCAGAUUCAUUCAAGGAGGUGAGCCAAAGAGCAGGUUGACACAGAUCUUGGAAGGAAAAGGUGGUGGUGGCCUAUCAGGGCUUUAUUCUCGCAUCCUACACACAUCAUUCUCAAAUCCAGAUGACAUAGGUGUGGCAUUUGGUUCAGUUGUUGGGACAAUAAUCAUGGCCAAAGCACCACUAUCUAUGUCAUCUCUCACAUGUCUAUUAUCUCUGGAUGAAACCACAGUGGAUUAUAUAUGCACAGGGCUACAGUCUGUUCUAGACUCGACAGGAUUACUCAGAUUCACUCAUCAGUCCUUUGUCGACUUUGUACUUGAUGAGAAUGACUGCAACUCACAUUUCCUGAUCAACCAGGACCUUCAUAGUCAAGAACUUGCACUUUCUUGCCUCCAUACAAUGAAAAGAGAACUCAAGUUCAAUAUAUGUCAAUUAGAAGACUCACAUCUUCGGAACAGAGAUGUAGUGGACCUUAAAACCCGAGUAGGGAGAUACAUACCAGGUCACCUCUCGUAUUCAUGCUACUUUUGGGUGGAUCACCUUACAAAGACCAAAUGUGAUGAGGGGACAUAUGGACCAUUGGAUUAUUUCAUCAAAAACCUAUUUCUUUAUUGGUUGGAGGUCCUCAGUGUCAGCAAUCAAGUGGGGUUAGCAGGGGGAGUCCUGGCAAAGUUGACCAAGUGGAUGAGG